CUGAGCAAGGGCUUCCAUGCCAGCCUCGCUGAUCCAGUCAGCUGUCAGACUAUGAGUUAGUAUGGCAGAGGAGGAAGGUGAUGUGGAUGAGGAGGAUGUGUUCCUGGCAUUUGCCCAGGGACCUUGUCCUCCCAGGAGUCCCCUGCGUCGGGCCUUGGACAAGGCCUUCAUUAUCUUCCUGGCCCUCGUCCUCACACUACUGACACUGGAGGCUGUUUGUAGGCUACUGUGGCUGCUGCCAUGGGCAAAGUUUGGGGACUGGCUCCUGAGAACACCUCAGAAGGAGGAGGAGCUGGAAUUGUGACCACCUUUCCUAUUAACAUUCUCUUCUCCUGCUACAGAGCUCUCCCAGAGGAAGCGGAGGAUAGGAGUCGAGACCCAAGGUAUUUUAGAAGUCUCAUUUCAUCUGAUAGCCCUCACAGCGGCAAUUUGCACAGCUUCUCCUCAAAGCUCCCGCCCCAUAUCGCUGUCCGAAGGCCCUGGAGCUCCUGGACAAAGCUCGGCCUCCAGGUCAUCACUGCCUACACUUCGGGAACCCCCACCAGAAAAGAACGGAAAACCACCUAGGUGCCACCUACUUGGUCAUUAGUUCCGUAGAGGCGCUUAAAGAGACAUCAAUAACAAUAGCAAUAAUAACAACACAUUUGUAUAGCGCUCUGUGCUCAUUUGUAUGGGUGUGUUAUGAUUUCACGAUUGGGAGUGGAAAGAACCUGGAAGUAGAAGUAGCUGCUGG